CUUGAACAACUUGUUGUCGAAAACGUCCUGGCAUUUAAUGAGGGCUUUUGGAUUCGGCUUGCUGCUCGAACGGACACAUGCAAAUCCGAAGAUGAUAAAGCAUGGUUUUUUACUGGAAGGAUUAUGAGGAAUUGGCAGUGUCUAUAAUGAGCAUAGUUGAUCGCCUGGUUCACAAAACUAAUGAGAAGAUAGAAUCUGCAACAGAUAUACUUAAGGAAAUUCUAAACCCAGUAGUCGCUGAAGCUGAAGAAGUUUCAUGGCCUCCAAGGGAUCCUGAAGCUCUCAUAUUGAUGGAAAAAGAAAUAGCUAAGAGGGAACAAGAAGGGCGACUGGAUGAAGGUUUUCUUGCAGAGGUCAAUGCCCAACUACGUCAAUCCAAAGAAGAUGGAGAUAAGCCGGGUCUUGAGGCCAUGCUGCAAAAAGUUUUACAAAUUUAUGCUUCCAAAGUAUUACGAAAACGUAGCUAUGCAUACAAAGGGGACAAAAUUUUAGUGGCGGAACAAUUUCUUGAAACCAUAAUCGCAGCUUCAGAGGAGAACUGGAAUAAGUUGUUGAUAGAGGGACUAAACAUUGGAAAAGGAGAAAUUUCACCUGAGGAAUUUUAUUCAGUUAUUAAAAAGAGGAUAGAGAGAACCUUAAUUCGUACAGAAGGAGGCUCUUAUCAGCAGCGCAUCCUAACCGAGUAUCUAAGAGGCAUUCAAUCGAGAGCAGAGGAUGUUGUCAAGGCUUUUCAAGGUCCACAACAAUGAGUUCUGUCAUCUAUGCUAGAAAUAUGAUGUGAAUCAAUCAAAAAUAAAUAAAUAAAUAAUUUUUUUCCCCUGCUCGCUGAUUCAGUUUGAUACAUAAUUUGCAUCUCUGUUCUCUAGUGGUUACGGAUGCUUGGACAUUGUACUGCUCAACUUUUCAUAUUUGGUAUAAUUCAUAUUAUGCGUCAUUUUGGA